GAACGGGCGGUGCUCCCCUCCUCGCAGCUCCUCCCAACAUUAACCCUCCCUCUCUCCACGACCACCAGCUCCUCCCUAUUCCCGUCUCUAGCGCGAACCGCGGGGCGUCCUCCAAGCAAUGGCGGCGGCGGCGGAGAUGGUGCGCGGGUUCGCCGCGACGGCGCGCGUGGCCAGGCCGGCCGCGGCGGUGGCGGCGCCCCCGCAGCCCAGGCGGGCGGUCGCCGCGCGGGUGCUGCGGACCUCCGCCUCUGAGAAGGUGGCGGCGGAUCUCUCCGUCGCCGGGACCAACGGCUCCCUCUCCGCUCUGAGCAAUACUGAUGUCAGUACUGACGCCACCUCACAAGCAGUGGAUGUGAGUCCCCGGAGGAAGACAAAGAUAGUCUGCACCAUAGGCCCCUCGACCAACACUCGUGAGAUGAUAUGGAAGCUUGCAGAGACUGGAAUGAAUGUUGCGCGUAUGAAUAUGUCCCAUGGUGACCACCAGUCACACCAAAAAGUGAUUGAUUUGGUCAAGGAGUACAACGCAGAGAACACUGAUGGCAACACUAUCGCUAUUAUGCUGGACACAAAGGGUCCGGAAGUGCGAAGUGGGGAUCUUCCUGAGCCAAUCAUGCUUGCAGAAGGUCAAGAGUUCAAUUUCACGAUUAAAAGAGGGGUGAGCACCGAAGACACUGUCAGUGUGAAUUACGAUGACUUCAUAAGCGAUGUUGAAGCUGGUGACAUACUGUUGGUGGAUGGAGGAAUGAUGUCGCUUGCUGUGAAGUUGAAAACAGCUGACACAGUCAAGUGUGUAGUAGUCGAUGGUGGGGAGUUGAAAUCAAGGCGCCACCUUAAUGUGCGCGGAAAGAGCGCAACUCUGCCAUCUAUAACAGAGAAGGAUUGGGAAGAUAUCAAGUUUGGCGUCGAAAAUGGUGUUGAUUUCUAUGCUGUUUCGUUUGUGAAGGAUGCCAAAGUUAUUCAUGAACUCAAGGCUUACCUGAAAAGUGCUAAUGCGGAUAUACAUGUUAUUCCAAAAAUUGAGAGUGCUGAUUCAAUCCCAAACCUCCAGUCCAUUAUUGCUGCUUCAGAUGGGGCAAUGGUGGCUCGUGGAGAUCUUGGUGCUGAACUUCCAAUUGAGGAAGUUCCUUUACUACAGGAGGAGAUUAUCAGAACAUGCCGAAGCAUGCAGAAACCAGUAAUUGUUGCAACAAAUAUGUUAGAAAGCAUGAUAGAUCAUCCAACUCCAACAAGGGCUGAAGUCUCUGAUAUAGCCAUUGCUGUUCGGGAAGCUGCUGAUGCCAUUAUGCUAUCUGGUGAAACUGCCCACGGGAAGUACCCAUUGAAGGCAGUAAAGGUGAUGCACACUGUGGCACUUAGAACAGAAUCCAGCCUAUACGACCCAGCUAAAGCUCCCAGUCUUGUUGCACGUCCAAAGGCGCUGCUCAACGAUGACUUCUGCAAAAGCCAAUUAAGUAAAAUGUUCGGAUCUCAUGCUACAAUGAUGGCGAACACCCUUCGUACACCGAUCAUUGUGUUUACACGUGUGGGCUCCAUGGCUGUCCUUCUGAGCCACUACCGUCCCUCGUCCACCGUAUAUGCAUUCACUAAUGAAGUACGAGUGAAGCAACGGCUGGCACUCUAUCAGGGCGUGGUUCCUAUUCUCAUGGAGUUCUCAGAUGACGCGGAAGAGACUUUCUCAAGAGCAAUUACCAGCUUGCUGGAUGCGAAAUACAUGAAUGAAGGGGACUAUGUCACCCUGGUUCAGAGCGGGUCGCAGUCGAUCUGGAGAGAGGAAUCUACCCACCACAUACAAGUGAGGAAAGUCCAAUGCUGAUGCAGAACAUGCACGCCGGUCUCCCCCCUUAUCACGAGAGGAAAGUUUUGAUGACGCAUCCAAGCAUGUUACUAUUCUACUGUGUCGUGUUAUGACUACAUCCGAGUAAUUCUUUUAUGGAGAACGUUGCUAUGUCGGAGCUGUAGCUCACGCUGAAUUUACUUGUAAACACUGAAUUUUUUAAUGCAAUAUUCAUUCUUAUUGGCA